AUGUCGAACACAUCAUCUAGCAGUUCAAGUAGCAGCAGCAGCUCUUCUUCGAGCAGAAGCUCUUCAUCGAGCAGAAGCUCAUCUUCAGGCAGUAGCUCGUCUUCGAGCAGUAGUUCAUCGGCGAGCUCGAGGGAAGCAUCCGUCGAACGCACUCAAAUCGCGGCUUCGACUCCGGCUCCGACUCCGGUUUCGGCUCCGGCUCAUUUCAAGCCGGAAGAGUUAGAGUCCAGGCUUUUAAGUCUGCAAUAUAAUAUGAACAGCAACUCUUCAAGCUUCAGGUGCAGUCGAUUGAGUGACUCUUCUUCCGAUGAAUCAGAUUCGGAGUCAAUCAGUCAACAGUCGACUGCGUUGGCCAACAAGUCGAAAAAUAUUGAAGUUUCUUUGCCUCCUCAAAUUCCCAGUGGUUACAGGGCAAAUAAAGUGCAGUCUACGAAACCAGCCUCGUCGUGCGAAAGUGCUAAAAGUAGUAGCAGCAGCAGCACUGAAGAAAAUAAACCUCCAGUGCUUAGUGGUAUAUGGGUGAACCCAGAGGUAAGGAAGCGAGGAAGACCUCGAAAAGUUCCAACCGGCACACAGAAGAAUUGCACGAUUACACCACCACAGCCUCCACAGCCACAGCGUCCUCCUCUAAGUAGGCAGGCAGAAAUAAAAGCGAUGCUCAUGGAAGGAAUGUAUGAAAAUCUUAACCAGCCGAAACCCAAACAAUCGAAAGUGCCGAUUCAGAACUCUUCUUCCAGUUCGAAAGUGAUACGACCGAGAUCAUCGAUGCCUCCUGCUCAGGUUGCAUCAAAACCGAGACCGCUGAAAAUGAAACCCGAGCUUCCUGAUACAAUAUUAUCCACUUCAAAAAUUGAUAUUUAA